AUGAGGACUACCUUCGCCAUCACAGGUCUUCUGACCCUUGCCUCCACAGUUCUUGCCACCGGCGAGGGUCUCAUUGACAACAAGGUUUCCAAGUUUGGCAACCACUCCACCGAGACCAAGGAGUACAUCAUUACCUUCCAGCGCAAUGAGACUGCUCAGUUCCGCGGUGUCCAGAAGUACCUUGAAGAAUUGGAGCUCAAGGACAACGCGGAUGUAGUCAAAUGGGAAUCCACCAACAGCGAUAUCAAGGUCUUGGUUCUUGAAAUUUGCGACACUCACGCUCAGUACCUCGCCAACUACACCGAGGUCAACGUUGUUGAGGAGAAGGCCGCUGUCCAGUCUUUCGGUUCAAAGUCUGCUGCUCCUUGGGGUCUGCAGCGCAUCUCCAGCGACGCAGGCGCAUCCGGUUCGCCCCAGUCCCAGGACUUCACCUACACUUUUACCGACGAGACCCUCGGUGCUGGUGUCGACAUCUACGUCAUUGACACCGGCGUACGAACCACCCACGCUGUUUUCACAGGUCGCGGUACGCAGGGUUUCACAGCUACCGGAUCUGAGGUUGAUGGUGACGGUCACGGCACUCAUGUUGCUGGUACUGCUGGUGGCGCGAAGUUCGGCGUUGCGCAGGGCGCCAACAUUAUUGCUGUCAAGGUUCUCGGCGAUGACGGCUCCGGCUCCUCCUCUGACACCAUCGCUGGUAUGGACUGGGUUCUUACCAACCACAAGAAGCGCAAGGCCCAACCUGGCUUUGUCGGCUCCAUCAUGAGCAUGUCUUGGGGUCUUCAGGGAACCGCCCAGUCCGUCGACGAGGUUAUCACUGCUGCCAGCGAGGCCGGCAUCCACGUUUCGGUCGCUGCUGGAAACGAUGGCGUCGAUGCCUGCGGCUCCACUCCCGCUCACCUCGGUGGUAGCAACUCCAACGUCGUCACCGUUGGCUCUGUCAACAUCAACAACGCGGUCUCCACUUUCUCUAAUAUCGGAAAGUGCGUCGAUAUCUACGCCCCCGGCGAGCAGAUCCUCAGCUCCUGGAGCACCGGCGACAACAUCAUCAACUUCCUCUCUGGUACUUCCAUGGCUUGCCCCCACACCACCGGUGUCAUGGCCACUCUCAUUGCUGCUGACCCCUCUGGUCUCGGCCAGAACCCCGCCGCGCUCAAGGCGAAGCUCCUCGAGACUGCCCGUACCAGCAAGAUCAGCGGCAGCCUCGGUGGCAGCGCCAAUCUGCUCCUCAGCAAUGGUGCCAAUGGCAGCGCCGCUGCCCGUCUUGUCAAGAACUACGUCGUUCCUGAGCGCAGCGGCAGCCCUGCUGCUCGUGCCGCCCGCGCUGCUCAGAACGGUGACCUCGAGAAGUGGAUUGUUGUCUCCAACGACUCUCCUGUCAGGUUCUAG